AUGUGUACGUGGCCAAACUGCGGGAAGGCGUUUGGCUCCAAGUGGGGCCUCGGGCGCCACUACCGCAUCCACACGGGCGACAAGCCGUGGCGCUUCGUCGACCGGACGCUGCUGCAGCGGCACAUGAACACCCACUCGAACGAGCGCCCCUUCGCGGCGACUGCCGAGUCUCGGCAGCAGAAGGAGGUUGCCAAGAUGCGCGAGCAGUUGAUGGAGGCCCUUCAGAACGAGCACUCCCUCCUCGCCGACGCGCUGGCAGGCAGCGGCGGCGACGCGGGCAGCGCCACAGACGGCUCGGACGGCUCCUCGCUGAUGAGCAGCGGCGUGGACGCCGCCCUCGCUAGCCUCUACCACUCUAGCGCGAGCGGCAGCAACGGCCUGAGCGUCAACCUGUCCAUGCCCGCCGUCCUCGCCCUAAACGCCCUCAGCGGCGGCGACGACGGCAGUGCCAUCGCGUGUGGCGAUGGCACGCGAGCAGGGUGGUAG